AUGGAGUCCUACGGCGGCGGCGGCGGCACGCGGACGUCGGCGUCCUCGCGGCGCCCCUGCACGUCGGUGUCCUCGCAGCGCCCCUACACGUCGGCGUCGUCGCGGCGCCCCUGCACGUCGGCGGUGGCCUCCCGCGCCGGCUCCGGCGCCUUCGCGUACGACGGCAUGCGCGCCACUUCUCUGUCCACGUCCACGGACAACCUCCGCAAGGCGGUCUCCUUCGCCCACAAGAAGCCGCCGCCCUCUAGCGCCGACGCGCCGCCACGGCGGCGCGCGCUGAGCAGCAAGGAGAACGGCGCGGCGUCGACGGAGGCGCUGCUGAUGUGGCCGCACCACCGGUCGAUGCCGGAGCCUGGAGCCGCCACGAGCGGCGGUCCCUGGGAGCCGACGACAAGGCGGCGGCGGAGCACCGGGACGGUGGAUGAGGCGGCGGGCGCGGGUAAGGGGUCGGCGUUGGCAUCGGGCGCGCUGCUGCGGGAGAUCAUGGCGCCGCGCAGGAAGGAGGAACCGGAGAAGGAGGAGGCCGCGCACCGGGCGCGCAUGCUGACGGCGCGGCUGCUGUAG